CCUGGGGCUCAUCUUCGGCCGCAGUGGGGGCGGCAAGACAACCCUCCUGCAGCUCCUAUCAGGUCUCACCACAGCCACCCAAGGCACCAUAGCCAUGCCCGCUACCGCAUCUCCGCCCUCCCUCUCCGCCUCCUCCCCGCCCGCCUCCUUCUCACCCAAUCCGCCCGCCCUCACGCCUCUCUCCCGUGCGGAGCUCUCUGAGAGGGUCGGCAUCGUCUUUCAGUUCCCAGAGCGCUACUUCCUCACAGACAGUGUGCUGGCGGAGCUCACAUUCGGCUGGCCCUCACGAGUGGAGGACAUUCCUCUCAGACAGGCCCUUGCUGCCCGUGUACAGGCUGCGCUUAUAGCGGUGGGGCUAAUGGGAGUGGCUCUCGACACCAAUCCGCGUGCGCUCAGCGGGGGCAACCAGCGCCGCCUCGCCCUCGCCAUUCAGCUCGUUCGGAUGCCGGAGCUGCUGUUGCUGGACGAACCUCUUGCUGGGCUUGACUGGAGAGCAAGGGCGGACGUGGUGAGGCUGCUGGAGGCACUGAAGAGGGAGCGCUCCAUCCUUGUUGUCAGCCACGACCUCAGGAAGCUGGCCCCCUUAGUGGAUCGGUCGUGGCGGAUGCAAAUGGGGGGGAGGCUGAGGGAGGAGCCGCUACCAGCAGCCGUGUCAGAUGAUGAAGGGGACUCGAAGCGCGGUCCAAGGGCGGGCCACGAAGAGGCCGUGGAGACGGCGGGCAUUGCGGCGGGCAUUGCCGCGGGUGCCGCGGAAAGAAACUCGGAGGGGGGCGAGAGGGCGGAGAGGGGUGCGGAGGCGGAGCAGGCGGAGGCGGGAGGGGGCGGCGCGGUGGACGAGCUGAGGGCGCGCGUGGGCCGUCGGAUGGCGAAGAAGAUCAAGAAGGUGGUGGCGGCGGGCAAGGGCGACGCGAAGCACUACUACGACGUGUACGGCGCGCAGGUGGGGGCGGGGAGGGAGGGGAAGAGGGCGGGAGAGGGGGGGGAAUCGGGCAACAACAGUGCUCACGGGCAUGGGCGCCGCGAAGCACUACUACGACGUGCGCGUGCGGAGCUGGAGCUGCGCCCGCCUGUGGGCAAGGGCGCAGAGCAGCGCGCCAAGCCGCUCAGUUUCACUGAUGUGCAGGAUUUGAUUCUUUGGGUGUUCACAGGGGAGGUCAACCCGCAGUGGGCAUUCAUCAAGAACAAGCCGCUGGUAUCAAGGGUGGUGGUGCUGCUGGUGCCGGGAAUUGACGCCCAUACCUUCCACUCCCGCCCGGACCUCUUCCCGAACCUGCACCGCUGCUUUGGCGGCAAAUCACUGCCGUUGAAGGCCGUGAGCCCAUCAGCAACGGUAUCAGACACAAUGAAGGCCAUGUUUGCCCGACCCGUUGCUCUCAAGAAAAGCACCAGCUCGUCGUCUGCCAAACCAGCUGCUGCCACGUCAGCACAUGCGGGCGGCAAGGCAGAAGCAGGUGUGGCAAACGGUCACUACCUGCUGACGUGGCGCCAGCUGAAAGAAAACAAUUUUCCGCUGCCCGUGGCGGCGGGCAACAAGGGGCGAGACGGGCAGGAUGGGAAAGAGGCUGCCCGGAAAGCAGGCGGCAGCAUCUCACUUGCUGAUGGCUCGGCUGUUCCCCCUCCAGGGUAUGUGAUGACUCAACCAUGGGACGAGGGGAAGAGGAGGGGGGAGCAAGCAAAAGGGGGAGGCAAGGAGCAGCAGAGGGGGUACCAUCGUUUGGUGGCUGUUGACUGUGAAAUGUGCAACACCCACAGGGGUCUGGAACUUACCCGCCUCACGCUGCUGGAUGCCCACGGCAAGGUACGCCAAGGUGCUGCUAGCAUACGCUCACCAGCCCAUCAACCAAUGCGCCCCCUUCUUCAUGCUGUGCCCUCUCUGCCCGUCCCUUGCCCUCUCUGCCCGUCCCUUGCCCUCUCUGCCCGUCCCUUGCCCUCUCUGCCCGUCCCUUGCCCUCUCUGCACGUCCCUUGCCCUCUCUGCCCGUCCCUUGCCAUCUCUGCCCUCCCUCCAAACACACCAGGUUUUCUGGCAUAACGCCACAGAUGCUGGCAGGAGUGACAACCACACUGCAACAGGCACAGUCGCCGUCUUCAAUGCACUGCUCACAAUACCCCCUCUCUUCUCCGCAUCGACCCCCUUCUGGUCCCUCCCCCUUCCCACUUCCAUCCUCCCCUCUCCACCCUUUCCCACUCCCCCACUCCCCACUCUCCCUGUCCCCACUCCCCCUGUCCCCACUCCCCCUGUCCCCACUCCCCCUGUCCCCACUCCCCCCGUUGCCACUCCACCCUUUCCCACUCCCCCUUUCCUGCUCUCCCAUCCCCCAUCAGGAGCAUUUUCUCGCCAUAGUCAGCGCAGAGACCAUCCUGGUCGGCCAUUCUGCAAAGAGCAUUUUCUCGCCAUAGUGAGUGCAGAGACCAUCCUGGUCGGCCAUUCCACCGAGAGCGAUCUGCACGCGAUCCGGGCCGUCCAUCUGCGCGUGAUCGACACAUCGCUGCUCUUCCCCCACCCCCGCGGGCCGCCCUUCAAGUGCGCUCUGCGUUUCCUAGCAGCGGAUUACCUUGGGAGGACCAUUCAGGCUGGGUGGUGGGCGGGGAGGGGCGGGGCGGAGGGGCGAGCAGGGAGGGGACGGAGAGGGGGGAUGAGAGGGGGAUGGUCGUUUCACAGAGGGAGGGGUGGUGCUGCUAGUGGUGGUGCUGACGGUACCGCUUCUGCUGCUGCUGCUGCUGCUGCUGCUGCUGCAGCAGCAGCGGCGGCAGCGGCGGUGGCAGGUGGUGUUGGUGAUGGUGCUGCGGGUGGUUACCGCGGGAGUAACACGUGGUGCCGCCCGCACUUCGGCCUGCCUCGGAGAGCCUCAAAGCUGCACCACAUGGAGAACAUUCUCACGCGCCUCUCCUCUUCCGGGCGGCACUGCACCGUCGUGCUGCAGUCGCAAGCUGCCAGGCCGGACCUCUUUCUGGGCGGCAACUCGAAUUGCACGUCAGAAGUUCUGUGCCUCAAGCACGGGGACCUGGGGAAGGUUGUGAGCAGAGAGGCGUGCAAGCCAUCGCUCAACCUCCUAGUCGCCACCUUCCCGUCCCUCAUGGCCUCCCUCUCCGCCCGCUGCUCCUCCAUCGCCUCCAUGCCUCGACUCGCCGCUGCCCUUGCUUCCGAACCUGCCUCCGAACCUGCUUCCACACGUACCACCAGCCCUGCGUCCAAACCUACACCUGAGCUUGCUCCCAAACCUGCAUCAUCACCAUCCGUUCUCGAGACCACAAUGACACAGGCACAGGCACAGGCACAGGCACAGGCACAGGCACAGGCACAGGCACAGCAGCAGCAGCAGCAGCAGCAGCAGCAGCAGCAGCAGCAGCAGCAGCAAUCGGCACCUGCUCAUCCAGCCGACUGUGCAGUGGAGGAAUCUUCCAGGAAGGUGGACGCACAGGUGGGGCAGGUGCACGAGUCUCUGCCGCCCAACACGCUGCUGCUCGUCCUGACGGGGUGCGGCGACACGCCAGCUGUCAGGCGCAUGAUGGAUGGAGUGGCGGUGGAAGCGGCAGCAGUGGAGGAGCACGGGCAUGGAGCCCUGGGAUGA